AUGUCUACUGACACUAUCAGUUUGAAGGUUAGAUUGGUAGAUAAGAAAGUAUUUAAAAAGUUUCAAUUCUACCCCAAGAAAUCAGUUAAAGAUGCUAGACUACACAUAGCAAAGGAGAUGGACGUAGAUGCCGACCAAUACGGUCUCUUCCUUCCCCCAAGAGACGAUCAAAACGGCAUUUGGUUCAGAGAUGACUACCCCUUGGAUUUCUACGGACUCGAAGGUGAAGUAGAUCAAAAGGAAGCACUUUUAUUUAGUUCAAAGGAGGCUCCUAUGAUGGAAUUUGUUGAAUUUAAGAAAAGAUAUAGACCAAUUAAAGUUGCCAAAGGAGAUAACCAAUAUAAGACAGUUAUGGUUGAUGAUACUAUGAAUGUAGCUGAAGCUAUCGCUCAUAUUAUUACUCAUGUUCCAACAACUGCUGCCAUCACUGAAAAUGAAUUAUAUAAUAUGGGUGAUGAUGAAGUCGAAGUAUUAUCAGGAGAUAUGACAAUUAGAGAACAAGGAUAUGUUGGAGAAUGUACAACAGGGUUAUUAAAGAAUGAAAAGGGAGAGAUUAACCUUUAUGUAAAGGUACCCUAUUUUGAAGGAUGGAUCAUGAGAAAGCGUGGUGGAGGUUUAAUGAAAGGUCUCAAGAAUUGGAACAAGAGAUGGUACACUUUGAAAAAGAACAAAUUGGUCUAUCACAAAGCCAAGGGUUUUGGUCCUGAAAUGGGUUGUAUUUUUAUGAAAACUGUACAAGCUGUUAGAGCUGCUACCACUGGUACUGAUAUUCCCUCAAAAUAUGUUAAAUCAUGUUUUGAAGUAGCAACACCAGGAAGAACCUAUAUAUUUUUAGCAAAUAAUCCAAGUGAGAUGAAGAAAUGGGUAGAGAUUUUGGAUUUUAGUAGAAGAAUGUUUGCAUACGAGACUGCAUUCUUUGGUGUGGCCAACAGAACGGUGAGCAGCGGCAGUGGAAAGGGCGGCGAGUACUCGCGUUCCAACUUGACGAUGGGCAACCGUCGCCGCGGCGCCAAUGGCGAGGAGGGCGGCAUGGCCGACUUUGACGACGACACCACGUCAGACGAAGACGACUCGGACGACGACCGUCCCAAGAGACGCGGCGGCGAGGCGGCCGACAAGCAGCAGAGAGAGGCCGAGGCCAAACGCGUGCACGAGGAAGAGGAGCGCAAAAAGAAAGAGGAGGAGCGCAAGGAGGCCGAGAGACGCGAAGAAGAGCGUGUGGCAGAGGUCAAGCGUGUCGAGGAGGAGGAACGCAAGCAGCGCGAGCGCGAAGAGGAGGAGCGCCAGGCCGAGGUCAAGCGCGUCGAAGAGGAGCAGGAGCGCAAGCGUGUCGAAGAGGAGCAAGAGCUGGUGCGCAAGCAAGAGGAGUUCUUGGCCAAACAACAGCAACUCGAGCUCGAGAAGCAAAAGCAGAUGCAAGACCAAAUCGAAGAGGACAAGCGUCUCGAAGAACUCAUGUUGCAAAUGGAACUCGAGCAAGAGGAGCGUAUCAAGUUGCGCGAAGAGCAAGAGCGCGUCGAAAAGGAGCGCGAAGAGAUUGCCAAGCGCUUGCAAGAGGAGCAAGAAAAGUUACGUCUCGAACGCGAGGUGCUCGAAAAGGAGCGCAUCGAAACCGAGGAGCGUAUCGAGCGCGAGCGUGUCGAACGCGUCCAACGCGAGGAAGAGGAAAAGAAGCGUCGCGAGGAGGUCGAAGAACAGGAAAAGAAGCGUCAAGAAGAUGCCCGUAUUGCCCAAGAAGAGCGCAAACGUGUUCAAGAAGAAGAACGCAAGAAACGUGAAGAACAAGAAGAACAAGAAAGACAAAUCCGUGAAGAAGAAGAAGAAAAGAGAAGACAACAAGAAGAAGAGGAAGAAGAGAACAAUAGUCAAGACGAUCAACAAGAACAAGGUGACGAUGACUUUAUGGAAGAAUUGGACAAGGAAAGAGAAGAACAAGAACAAAAACAUAUCGCCUCUAGAAGAUUACAAACUACUCAAGCUCGUCUUGAAGCCAUUGAAGUUGAAACUCCUGAACUUAAAUUCUUACUCAAACAAUCAUCCAAAUCAACUCCAGAAGAUUUAUUAUUGGCUUGGACUAAUUAUAUUAUUGAAGAAACUAAUACUCCAAAUAAUCAACAAACAGGUUCAUCAUCAUCAUCAUCAAGUACCAUAUCUGCACAAUCUGCAAUCUUAUCAUCAUCAUCAACAACAACAUCAACAACAGCUUCAUCUUACAAUAGCAACAACAAGACCACUACAACCACAACAACCAAUGCCAUUCUUUCACCAAAACAAUUUUCAGUUUCUAUUGAUUCUAACUUGGAAUUAUAUAGUAAAUUAUUAAGUAAAUUGGAACCACAAGAAUUUUCAAUUACAGAAUUUUCAAAUCAAACUGGACAAGUUGAAAAGGCAGAAUACAUUGUUCAAACGUUGCAAUCGUUGGGUGUUGAAACUAUUACCGCCGAACAAUUAUUAUCAACCGAUGAAAAUGUUCACAUGAAUGUAUUAUUAACUAUUUACGAAGAGAUUGGAUCAAACUGGCAAGAAGAAUUCCAAUCUCAACUUGUAUCAAAGAGAGUUUUCGCUUCAAAGUAUAUCUAUCACAUUUUGGCUCAAUCAAUGCCAUCUUUAUCAGUUCCAUCAUCUCCUUAUGAAUUACUUGAAUCUUUACGUGAUGGUAAUAUUUUAUGUCAUUUAAUUAAUAAAAUAUUUAAGGGAAUGGUAGAUGAAAGAGUGAUUCAAAGAAAUAUUGAACAAGGUAAUAAGAUUGAUAAUUUGAAUAUUGCAAUCAAUGCAUCAAGAGCACUUGGAUCAAAGUAUGAAAGUGGUACAGUUGUUGAUUUGGAGACGAUUACACCACUGCAAAUGCACCAUCUCUCUUGGGAGGUGGUAGAGUUGUGUUUGUUGCAAUCGGCCAACCCAUCACGCAACAACAAUCUCUUUACAUUGAUGCGUGCCGAGACGCGUAAUGCGUUCCGUGCACUCGAGCACGAAAAGAUCAUGUUGCGUUGGUUCAACUACCACUUGCGCAAAAACAGUAAUCGUCAAAUCAACAACUUCACCGACGAUAUGGAGGAUUGCGAAAACUAUGCCUAUCUAUUUGACCAGAUUGCACCACAAGUGUCGCGCAAAAAGGAGAUCCUCGCCGAAAAGGACUGGGAGAAGCGUGCAGAGAUUGUGUUGGAUAUGGCCGCCAAGAUUGGCUGUCUCGGCCUACUCACACCAACCGACAUUGUCGAGACGGAAAACAGCAAGCUCAACCUGUUGUUUGUCGCCGACAUUAUGCGUGUCUGUCCGGCCAUGCCCACCUACAAGAUGGGUGCCGACGAGGAGCUCGAUGACUUUGUCGCCAAGUCGUCUGAACAAAGCAACAACCACGACCAACAACUACUUCAGUGGAUCAACGGCAUGGAACUUGGCAUUCCCGAGGUCGUCAACAUGCUCGACGACCUCAAGGACGGCACUCUCAAUGUGGCCGGUAUCGCCGGUACCGAUAUUCUCAACGGCGACCUUCGUGUCAACCGUGCCAUUCUCUUGCAAAUCCGUCGUUUCCUCGGUGACAAGGUCGUUGUCGACGUGGCCACUGCUCAUCAGGCCCAAGCCCUCAAAUGGGCCAACAGCAAGAUCAACCCCGAGAGCAAGGUCAAACUCAUCCAAAGCUUCAAGGACCAGUUCCUCCAAGACAGCAUCUUCUUUUUGGCACUCUUGGAUGCCCUCGUUCCAGGCAAGCAAGACCGUUCCUACAUCACUCCAGGCCAAUCCGACGGUGACAUGGAAAAGAAUGCAAAAUACUUUUUGACCCUUGCUUGGAGUUCGGCCAUCCCCCUCGUCGUCGUUUGGGAAGAUGUUGCAAAGGUUAGAUCAAAAUCAAUUAAACAUAUCAUUGAAACUUUACAAGAUUGGGAUACAAAGAAACAACUUCAACAUCAACAAUCUUAA